AUGGAUACUGCGAUCGCUGCUGGCAAGGGGGUAUCGAGGAUUGUGGGAACCGGCGUGAAGACUCCCAUGAACUUCUGUCUGGGAGCCGCGAGAGGCUUCAGGAACGCGCCGAGGCUCUACAAUGAUGACACUGUGCGUCCUACCGAGAAGGUAACUGACUUCGCGAGCGGUCUCAGAGUCGCUGGCAAGGAGUUCGGAUAUGGUAUCUUUGAUGGCAUAUCUGGUCUUGUCACGCAGCCGAUUAGGGGAGCGGAGAAGGAGGGCCCAGUAGGCUUCGUCAAGGGCUUCGGCAAGGGUUUAGGUGGCUUCUUCUUCAAGAACUCAGCAGCAAUCUGGUCCAUUCCUGCAUAUGCAAUGCAAGGCGUUCAUGCAGAAAUCCGCAACCUCUUCACCAAGAGCAUCCAGAACUACAUCUUCACCUCGCGAGUGCUUCAAGGCGAGGAGGACUUUUCCAGCUCGUCCCGCGAGGAGCAAGAAGACAUCAUCCUCCGCUGGAACGCAAAGAAGGAUGAUUUGAAGGGCUAUUACAACCUCAAGCAGAAGGAGAAGAAGGGCGAGAGCCCGCCGUCUUCUGAGCGAGGACCCAGUGACACCCCGCCGAAGACGGGCUGGUUCCACACACGACACCUAUCUUGGGACGAGAGGAAGAAGCUACAGGCGCAGAAGGAGGAAUGGAGGAAGAAGCGCGGCACUGCCAGCACGCCGUCCGUGGAUAGAAUCUGGGAGGAUGACGAGCUGGAGCGGGCCAUCCGCGAGUCGGUGCAGCAGACUUCUAGGGGCAACUCUGAAGAAGAUGCCAUGAUCGAGGCCCAGAUCAGGGCGAGCGUUGCAGAGAUGCGCAGAGCAGCGGAUCAAAGUCGGGAGCUACAGGACGUCAAGCAGCCGGUCCCAGAAGCAUCCUCUGUUCUGGCACCUCCGGAGGACAUCACCGACGAGGAGUACCAGGCCCUAGUCGAAGAGGCUAUCAGACAGAGCCUUGCGCACCAAGCUAUCGGCCCACCGCCUCCGCUGCCGCCCAGAGCCAACUCUGGUCUGGACGACGAGGAGGCUUUGAGGAGAGCCAUCGAGGAGUCCAGAAGACAACAAUCCGAACCUCAUCAUGGAGACGAUGAUGAAGAAGAGCUGCGGAGAGCUCUGGAGGAGUCGGAGAGGGCUCACAGGGAGCAGGAGGCACGCAGCUCUUCAGCAAAGACGGAAGAGGAGAUCAUCAUGGAGUACGUGAAGAGGCAGAGUCUGGCGGAGGAGGAAUACCGGCGCCAGAAAGCCAAGGGCAAAGCCGUCAGGCCCAGCGGCACCGAUGAUAACGAUGACGAUGACGAGGUCGAUGAGGAUCUGAAGAGAGCGCUGGAGGAGAGUCUCAAGGUGAGCGGCCGUGACGGCGCGGGACCGUCGUCUUCUGGCGCUUGA